UUGUGUUUGCCUCACUUUUUUUCAAUUAAAGUUAUAUAAUAAAUAUAAAGAAAUAGAAAUAUUUUUGUAGGCAUACCUGGAACUCUUAAAACAAUUUAGCAGAUUCAAAAAUCAAGGUUAAUUUCCAUGUCAAAUUCACAUCUGUUUUUACCAUCAGGGUUCCUUCGAACCCCUUUACAAAAUGGACUGGGACGUUAUAUUCCACAACUUCAAAGGAUUACGCUCAAAUUUUGUAAAAAUCAUGGAGGAAGCCGUGGAGUCCGAGACUUCAUUGAAUCUGAUCUGAUGGAGUUUGCAAAAACCAAUCCUGGAACAGUUGUCUAUUUGAAACCUAGAAGGCACCGUUCCCCUUGUAUGGUUGCAGAAUACUUAAAUGGAGAACGUGAAUAUUUGAGCUGCCAUGAGUUCAACAGAGAUGAAGUCCUUAAAUGGCUCAGUUAUAUGUGUACUAGAUCAGGAACUCCUGUAAUGAGAUUCAGAAAGUAUCAACACACUGAUUACCCAACCAUACAAGGAGUUUGGAAUCCUUUCACCCAUCAAGCACCAGAGAUGAAUUUAGCAGAAUACCCUCAUGAAGUUCUGUCUAAGCCUAUUGAUCACGGGCCGACUGCAACUGAACAGUUGAUCGAAAUUUUCAAGAAAACACAAAUAGAAGACCCGGCAAGUAAACCAACAAACUAGAACGUUAGGCAAUAGCCAAGCCAAUACAGUUUAGAUAGAAAUUU